AAGAAGAAGAAGAAGGUACCAUUCUUCACUAAUUGAAUCACUACAGAAACUUUGCUUUUGGGGGCAGAGACGUAUAAUACCUCUUUGCAUUUUCAUCUUUAUUCUUUGAGGAGACACUUCACGACGCUUCCAUUUGAGAGGAUCGUCGCAGAUUAGCAGUAAACUUCAAGUACUCCUGAGGCGAAGUUUUUUCAUUGCAUUAGGUACAAUGAUUUUCCUAUUUUAUUUGGUUAAUAGACUAAAGCACGAUUAAGUAGAAAAGUGGGUCUUGAUAUUACUGAUGCAUUUGAAAGUAGCUGUAGAAGUGAAAGACAGGGACCUCUAGGACUCCGUUCAUAUGUUCUGAAUGUUUACUGCUGUUUCAACUGGCUUUUAUUUAGCAUGCUUAGACAAAUUUUCAUUUUUAUUUUUGGGUAUACUGCAAUUUGUGUUUGAAUCCUAUUGGAAACAGGAGGUAGAGAAAAAUUUAGUGAUAGAAAAGAUAAUAGGGGUAGUUGGCAUUUGUGAUGGUAAGGUUAGGACGUUAAUGUGGGAAUCUUGAAAUCCAUCCUACUCAGUUGUGCAUGCUUGAAAUUCAUUCAUUUUGUAUUUUUUUGGAAUUUUGGAUGAACCAAGACCUUGUUACAUGUGUUUUUGAGAUGGGAAUUUUAAUAAUUGAAGUUAAAAUUUCUACCACACAAUUUCUAGUUAGCUUGUGGCUAAAAAUUUCCCCUCUAAGUUCACAAUCCUUUCCAUUUUACCCUCUGACUUAUAGAUUGAAAAAUGUUCAUCAAGAGCUUGAUGAGAGGUUUGGAACCAAUUUUCUCUUUAAACCCUUCUGGUGUUUAAGAUAUGGAAAUAGUAGUAAGUGGAAUACUAGAAUUUGAUAAAUGAGUGCAUUAACUCAAAUGUUUAUAUAUAAUCCAUUUGACAUAUAUGAGAUGGGAAGUGUUUUGUUUUUAUAUUACAAUAAUUAGUUGAUUCUUUGGGAUAUUCAGAUUCCGUGGUAAGGAAUCUUCCAGGAAUGUUUGAAUAAGCUUAAACCACAAAACUCUAAACUUUCUUAAUUAAAGUCCCCUUUUAUGGAUGAUUCCUUAUCAGUAAUAGAGACCUGAUAUGCGAACUGCUUAUGGUAAUAAGAAAGUAUGUAGAGGUAGUUGACCUGUUAUGACAAUUCACAUCAUGAUAAAACUGGGUUGUCCAUGGUUUUCUGAUUGCCCCAAUCAUGCUCUUUGUUUUUCUUUGAUUCUUCCUUACCCUUAUGUUUGAUCGUGAAAUCUGAUAAAAUAAACAUGGAUUUGAUCAAAUUGUUCCCUUGCUGCAUCUUGGUUAAACUUUCUCCAUGAUAUGGAUUUUCUUGAUCAUAUACUGCUUUAAGUGUUAGCUGUUAGGAUUCAUAUAGUCUAGGGCUGCUCAAAAAACCUGGUCUCAAUGGUCUAAACAAGAACCAAAUCCAAUCUGCAUGGUAAAUUCUGUAAUCUGGAUCAUUAAUAACUGGUUACGUUGGCCCAUUUCAUUCGUUAAACGUAUUUAUUUUUUUAAUGUCACCAUUUAACCAGUUAUAUCUUUAAAUAGGUUUUUAGGUAAGGCCUAAUUUUUAUACAGGUCAGGCCAAGCCUUUAGAAAAAGCCUCUAACAGGUAACACGUUAGGCUAAGGCCUAAGAAAGCCUGAAUCUAAUGCAUGGGUGGGGUGGUUCAGUUAGUUUCUUGUACAAUUUGAAAUGUCCCCAAAAUAAAGAAAAAUAAAAUAAACUCACAAAUUUGCGAAUCCAAUUCAAUCCAGGUGUGUAUAAGCCCAAACCUUGACAAACUGAAUCAAACAGAUUCACUUAUCAGCUCAGCUGUUGAUUGCAUGAAACUGUUUGCAGAUUUGCGUGACUCAUCAAUAAAGAGGCUGUUUAAUCAAGAAAAGCUGUUUUGUGAUUUUACAGAAAGAGAUGGCUUCUUCCCCUUCACCGGACAUAUACAUCCCAGAGCAAUGGAUGAAGGCCACUGAGUCCAUCAUGUACAGCUCAAUGCCUCCUAUUGCUCUUAUAUGUGGUGCCAAGAAUUGUGGAAAGACAACCUUCUCUCGCCAUCUCCUAAAUGUUCUUUUGAACAAAUACACCGAAGUAGCUUAUCUGGAUACUGAUGUUGGCCAACCUGAGUUUACUCCUCCUGCUUUUCUGUCACUAACCAUUGUUCAUAAAGUAACUCCAGAUUUGACAGUUCCAUGCCUGAAAACACCGGAGAGGUGUCUUUUCUUUGGUGAUGUUUCUUCUAAGAGAGAUCCAUCAACAUAUUUAAGUUAUGUAUUUGCCAUAUAUGACUAUUACCGUAAGGAGUAUUGCACCUCUGGCAAGGGAGAAAAUCCUUGCAGGAUUGAGUUGCCUCUUAUCGUGAAUACUCCUGGCUGGGUGAAAGGUGUUGGAUAUGAUGUAUUAGUGGACAUAUUGAAAUAUAUUUGUCCGACACAUGUUGUUAAGAUAAGCAUAUCCUCUGAAAAUAAGAAUUUACCAGCUGGAGAAUUCUGGUUAGAUGGGGAACAUGAUGGAACAGUUAACUUAAUUGAGAUAAAUUCAGCUCGUCAGGACUCUUUAAAUAGAUCGCAAUGUUUUUCUAGUGAUUCAAAUAUUUCUACUAUCAAGGAACUUGCACAUGCCUUGGCCUCUCACCGUCCAUAUGAAGUUCCCAUUGCAAGCAUAAAAUUUCGACAUCUUCAUUGUGAGGUCCCAACCUCCGAAAUAUUUUACAGUUUGAAUGCUACCAUUGUUGGCUUAGCAGUUGAUUCUGAAGGACCUGAAAAUUUACCUUGGUGUUUUGGUCUUGGGAUUGUGAGGGGUAUUGACACAGUCAAAGGUGUGCUCUAUGUCAUUACACCUGUGCCACAUAGUUAUCUGGAAAAAGUCAACCUCUUGCUACAGGGUUAUAUCCAAAUUCCUGCUUGUUUAUUGCAGGUUCAGGGAUGCAUAUCACCUUACAUGUCAGCGAAUACUUUGAAUACAAGCUAGUUGUUCUUGUGUUGGUGAAGAGAACCGUUAUAGCAUCAGAUUAACAAGGCAGUGGUCAACUCAUUAUAGAAGCUUCCUUUCCCAUGGAAGAAGCACAGAUUAUAAUUUUCAUAUGCCUAAGAGUAUUUCUUUUUCCUAUUUUUGAAAA